AUGGCUGACGCACCAAGAGGCGGCUCACGAGGAGGUUUCGGCGACAGAGGCCGUGGAGGAGAUCGCGGACGCGGACGUGGACGUGGACGUGGUCGCGGACGUGGAGGAAACAAGGACGAGGCAAAGGAAUGGCAACCAGUUACCAAGCUGGGCCGUCUCGUGAAGGAUGGAAAGAUCAACUCCAUGGAGGAGAUCUACCUCCACUCUUUGCCAAUCAAGGAGUACCAAAUUGUUGAUUUCUUCUUGCCAAAGUUGAAGGAUGAGGUCAUGAAGAUCAAGCCUGUCCAGAAACAAACCCGUGCCGGUCAACGUACCAGAUUCAAGGCCAUCGUUGUCAUCGGUGACUCUGAGGGACACGUCGGUCUCGGUAUCAAGACCUCCAAGGAAGUCGCAACUGCCAUCCGUGCUGCUAUCAUCAUCGCCAAGUUGUCCGUUGUCCCAAUUAGAAGAGGUUACUGGGGUACCAACUUGGGUACUCCUCACUCCCUCCCAACCAAGGAGAGUGGAAAGUGCGGAUCCGUCUCUGUCAGACUUAUCCCAGCUCCCCGUGGUACCGGUCUUGUCGCUUCCCCAGCCGUCAAGCGUCUCCUUCAACUCGCAGGUGUUGAAGAUGCAUACACCUCCUCCUCCGGUUCGACCAAGACCCUUGAGAACACCUUGAAGGCUACUUUCGUCGCUGCUGCCAACACAUACGGAUACUUGACUCCUAACUUAUGGAAGGAGACCAAGCUCAUCAGAAGUCCUUUGGAGGAAUUCGGUGAUUCUCUCCGUGCCGGCAAGCGUUACUAG